CAUCAUUCUGGAGCCCAGCGAACUGCGAUCUGAGAUUCCAACUUGGAAGGGCCUCGCGUAAGACCGGAUCUCGUUUCUUACGCUUUUGCGCCUCGCGAUAUUUGUACAUUGUUUCCUCUGGUUUUAUUCGAUUCCGCCUCUGAAAAUGUGAACGGGCUGCAAGCUUGGUUUUGGAGCAACGUUGGAGCAUUGAAGGGUUGCGCUCGUCCCUGCCCAUUCCUCGCUUCUGCUCUGGCCUAUGUCAUGACGACGUGAAGGAGAGGAUUUGAGGUGCCGUACCUUCUAGGUGUAGUUUGCGAUGAAAUUUUGGAUCACCUGAGCACUAACUCGUGAGGGUUUUGCAAGUGAUAUAAUCCUCCCCGAGGAGAUUUCUGUGAGUUGAUUAACUUGGAUCAGCGACAUGGGGAACACUAGUUCGAGGGGAUCGAGGAAGUCCACUCGGCAGGUGAAUCAGGGAGUCGGGUCUCAAGACACCCGAGAGAAGAAUGAUAGCGUCAAUCCAAAGACGAGACAGGGUGGUAGCGUUGGCGCAAACAACUAUGGCGGAAAGCCAAGCAGUGGUGCUCAGGCCGGAGAACGAUCCACCUCUGCGCCCGCUGCUCUGCCGAGGCCGAAGCCAGCAUCGAGGUCAGUAUCCGGUGUUUUGGGUAAGCCGCUGUCAGAUAUUCGUCAAUCUUACAUCCUGGGACGGGAGCUUGGCCGAGGGCAGUUCGGAGUGACUUACUUGUGUACUGACAAGAUGACGAAUGAGGCGUACGCGUGCAAGAGCAUCGCCAAACGGAAACUGACCAGUAAGGAGGAUAUCGAGGAUGUUAAGCGGGAGGUUCAGAUUAUGCAUCACCUGUCGGGGACACCCAAUAUCGUGGUGUUAAAGGAUGUGUUCGAGGACAAGCAUUCCGUGCAUCUUGUGAUGGAGCUCUGUGCAGGUGGCGAGCUCUUCGAUCGCAUCAUUGCCAAGGGGCAUUACAGUGAGCGCGCCGCUGCCGAUAUGUGCAGAGUCAUCGUCAAUGUGGUGCACAGAUGCCACUCAUUAGGGGUCUUCCAUCGGGAUCUCAAGCCAGAGAAUUUUCUGUUGGCCAGCAAGGCUGAGGAUGCGCCUCUGAAGGCCACAGACUUCGGUCUGUCAACUUUCUUUAAGCCAGGAGAUGUGUUCCAGGAUAUUGUUGGAAGUGCGUAUUACGUGGCCCCUGAAGUUUUGAAGAGAAGUUAUGGUCCUGAAGCUGAUGUUUGGAGUGCAGGCGUGAUUGUGUACAUUCUGCUGUGUGGUGUACCCCCCUUCUGGGCUGAAACUGAGCAGGGUAUCUUUGACGCUGUGCUCAAAGGGCACAUAGACUUCGAGAACGAUCCAUGGCCGAAAAUCUCCAACGGGGCUAAGGAUUUGGUGAGGAAAAUGCUAAACCCUAACGUGAAGAUACGUCUGACGGCACAGCAGGUGUUGAACCAUCCAUGGAUGAAGGAAGAUGGUGAUGCUCCAGACGUGCCACUCGACAAUGCGGUGUUGACCAGACUGAAAAAUUUCUCAGCCGCCAACAAGAUGAAAAAGCUGGCGCUGAAGGUGAUUGCAGAGAGUCUGUCGGAGGAAGAGAUCGUGGGGUUGAGGGAGAUGUUCAAAUCCAUAGAUACAGACAACAGCGGCACGGUGACGUUCGAGGAGCUUAAGGAAGGGUUGCUGAAGCAGGGCUCAAAACUUAAUGAAUCGGACAUCAGGAAACUAAUGGAAGCUGCAGAUGUCGAUGGAAACGGCAAGAUCGACUUCAACGAGUUCAUAUCGGCAACAAUGCACAUGAACAAGACGGAGAAAGAGGAUCACCUUUGGGCAGCAUUCAUGCAUUUCGACACGGACAAUAGCGGGUAUAUCACCAUCGACGAGCUUCAGGAAGCAAUGGAGAAGAAUGGAAUGGGAGAUCCUGAGACCAUCCAAGAGAUCAUCAGCGAGGUGGACACAGACAACGACGGAAGAAUAGACUACGACGAGUUCGUAGCCAUGAUGCGCAAGGGCAAUCCUGGCGCUGAAAACGGAGGAACGGUGAACAAGCCCAGACACAGGUAGUAGCUCCUGGUUGCCAAUUUGACGACGGGUUUGGCAAGGCAACAGUAGUUGUUGUUAGCUUUCAGAUUCAGGUUCGGUAUUGUUCAUGCCCUCCUUUGUCUCGAACAAUGGACUCUAGGCCUUUCCAAUGGAAAAGCUAUUCCAACAGGGUUUGCAUAACGUGUAGUAGAAUGAAAGCAUUGCCUGGGGGGUGUACAGUGCCUGUGAUCUUGUGGAGUUCUCGUAGGAUGGCUUCGGUUGGAUCUCAAAUGUUUUCAUUUUAAAAGAUGAACUAUGACUUUGAUGUA